AUGCAGAGAUGUCUCCAGCUGGCCGAAGAGGGCUUGGGUAGUGUGGCUCCUAACCCCAUGGUCGGUUGUGUGAUUGUUCGAGAUGGUAAAAUAAUUGGCGAAGGCUAUCAUGAAAAAUAUGGAAAGGCGCAUGCUGAAGUGAAUGGGAUUCAAAAGCUGAAGGAUGAUAGUUUACUAACUGAAAGCACUUUGUAUGUGAGUCUUGAACCAUGCAGUCAUUUCGGUAAAACACCUCCCUGCAGUGACCUUAUUAUUCAAAAGAAAGUAAAGAGGGUUAUUGUUGGAUGUCUGGAUACAAACCCAUUGGUUAUGGGCAAAGGAAUUGAAAAACUGCGCAAUGCUGGGAUAGAAGUUAUUACAAACGUAAUGGAAGAUGAGUGCCGUGAACUAAACAAACGCUUUUUUACUUAUCACGAGAAAAAGAGGCCUUACAUCAUUUUAAAAUGGGCACAGACUAAAGAUGGAUUCAUUUCUAAACUCUUGCCUUUUACAAAAGAAAACAACUGGAUAACAAAUAAUGAAAGCAAAAGGCUUGUGCACCAAUGGCGUGCACAAGAACAGGCUAUUUUAAUUGGGAC